GGCGUCGCGACCCAAUGCAGGUCCUACUCUCCUUCAAAUUCACUAGAAAAGACAGCUUGUAUCGACUUUGACAAGGAGGAAGAUAUCGAUUUAUAGAGGUGGCGAUCCGCAGCGCUCGCAGGUCGCCAUUCCGCCUUUUGCCAUGUCCAACCCGCAUCUCAAGGCCGCCAAGAAGGAGGCCAGCACCGCCAAGCUCGGCGCCGCCCACGGCGAAGACAUGCCAUUGACCGGCCAUGGCACGCGCACGGUCAGCCAGUGCGAAGCCAUCAAGGACGUCAUCCUCGGCAGCAACGUCAACGCGCUCCUGCUCGUCGCGCCGUUCGCUGCGUGGUCGUACUUUGGCCACUGGUCGCCCAUGUGGGUCUUUGGCCUCAACUUCCUCACGAUGAUGCCCUUGGCCAACAUCUUGGGCGAAGCCACCGAGACGCUCGCCGAGCACACGGGCGACACGAUCGGCGGCCUCGUCAACGCGUCGUUCGGCAACGCGGUCGAGAUCAUCAUUGCGAUCUUCGCCUUGAAGCAGGGCGAGAUCGAGCUCGUCCAGUCGUCGCUCAUCGGUUCGAUGCUCUCGAACCUCCUCCUCGUGCUCGGCUGCUGCUUUGUGAGCGGCCACUUUGGCGGCGCCAAGGAGUCGAGCUUCAACGGCGCCGGCGCGUCGAUCAACAUGUCGCUCCUCUUCGUCUCGAGCUUUGCCAUGCUCGUGCCCUCGUACUACCAGUCGACCAUGACGCACGACACGCAGUUGGAGCACGAGCAGGCUGUCCUCGGCCUCUCGCACAUCUCGGCCAUCUUCCUCGUCCUCAUGUACGCGCAGCUGCUCUUCUUCCAGCUCUACACGCACAAGGCCGAAGUCGACGAGAAGGAGGAAGAGCACAAGCCGGCUCUCUCGAUGGCGUCGUCCAUGAUCAUCCUCUGCCUCGCGACCGUCGCCGUCGCCUUCUUCUCCGAGUGGCUCGUCUCGUCGGUCGAUGAAGUCACCGAGACGUCGGGCAUCCCCAAGGCGUUCAUUGGUAUCAUCCUCCUCCCGAUUGUCGGCAACGCCGUCGAGCACAUUACGGCGCUCAAGGUCGCGUACAAGAACAACAUGGAGCUCGCGAUGGGUGUGGCCAUCGGGUCGGCGACGCAGAUCUCGCUCUUCGUCGUGCCCGUGUGCGUCAUUGCCGGCUGGAUCAUGGGCCAGCCCAUGACGUUGGCCUUCAACACGUUCGAGGCCCUUACGUACAUCUUCUCGACGCUCAUCGUGUACGUCAUCGUCGCCGACGGCAAGUCCAACUGGCUCGAGGGCUCGAUGCUUCUGACGCUCUACUGCCUCGUCGGCCUCUCGCUCCUUGAGAUCACCAUCUAAGUCGCUUCCAUGUUGUUGAGCUAACACGUUUCUCUUGACUUGUGUUGCUUCUCGCUUCUCUUCGCUACAAGCCAUGCAGAGGCUGCACGGUCGAUGCGACCCGACUGGCCAACGCCAAGUCAUUGCACCGCCUCGCCGCUACGACCGUCGCCAGAGGCAGUCGCCAACGUAGAGCGAUGAGCUGCGUGCAGCGCACCGGCAACGGCCGUCACCGAUGCGUCGGUACCGCAGGCAGUCGCUGGCCGUGGCGCGUGAUCGACGGCGUUCUUUCGGAUAUGAGCUCGGUGGCUCGUUCAAGCUCCAGCGCAAUGCCGGCGCCUCGCCUUCUCCAGCAACUCGAGUAGCGUCAAGCAGCUAGUCCACAAAAGCGCUGCAGGUGCCCUGCUCGACCCACUUGGUCCAAGCCCUCGUCUCGCAACAGUGAGCUGCUUGGUAGCAGUGGCCACGCUGGUCACCAAGCGUCCGCGAUGACUGCGAGCUCGCUCGCCCAAGGUCCUCGGGCUGUAGACCCUAACCCCGUCCUCCCACGACGGCGACUAGAUUCUUUUGGUCCGUAGUGCGUGCAGGUAUUUUGCAGUUAUGUACAGGACUAUUAGACGAGAAUCGUGUUGGAGCACUAGCAAUAUGGCCACCGUCAUC